AACUCCAAAACCAGAAGUCAAGUGGGUUUUGGGGGUUUGCGGAGCUACUUGUAUAAAUAGAGCCAAAACCGCAGUCUCUUCUUCCAUCAAACCUUCUUCAUUAGAUAUUUCUUCUCUAAUACUUUAAGCAAACAAAAGAUUUUUUUUAUAGUAAAUAAAUGGAAGAAACAAAGGAGAGAAAGAUCGUUGUAGCAGUGGACGAGAGCGAAGAGAGCAUGGAAGCUCUUUCAUGGAGUCUUGACAAUCUUUUUCCAUAUGGUUCCAAUAAUACUCUUAUCCUCCUCUACGUCAAGCCCCCUCUUCCCGUUUAUUCUUCCAUUGAUGCCGCAGGGUUUAUAGUGACCGGAGAUCCGGUUGCAGCCUUGAAGAAAUACGAAAAUGAGCUAGUGGAGUCAGUCAUGGCUCGAUCUCGAAACGUCUACCAAGAUUUUGAGUCCGAUAUUAAUAUAGAGAGAAAAGUUGGAAGAGGAGAUGCCAAGGAAGUUAUAUGUAACGCAGUUCAGAACCUUAAGGCUGAUAUGUUAGUUAUGGGCACACAUGACUAUGGCUUCUUCAAAAGAGCUUUGCUAGGCAGUGUGAGCGAGUAUUGCGCCAAACGAGUGAAGUGUCCUGUGAUUAUCGUGAAGAAGAAUAUGCCUCAAAAUAAUUGAGCUCAAAAGUGAUAAGUCUUAUGAUUGUGUAUCGUUUGAAAGCAAUUGAUGUAACAGUUGAAUCAAUCUUCUUAUGCAAUAAUGUAUAUUAUAUAUAUGAAUUACUUUUACGUUUUUAUUUUCA